UCACAUUAUCACAUCUCUACAUCCUUUUUGUUUGGUUUUUCUUUGUAUGCAUAUGGCUCUAUCUUCACUAAAACUCUCACUAAUUUCUUAGUGUUUUUUUUAGAAUAAGCAUUUCUUAGUUUGUGUGGUGUCUUUUUUCUUAUAGAAUCUUAAUUUGUGUUGUUUCAAAUCCACUUUCUCGUACAUAAACUCAAAACACUCUGCAAAUCUCUUGUCGAGCAUGGAUUGAUGGUUGUAGAUGAAUUCUAUGCAUAAAUUAGUAUUGCGACUUUUAAAUGCAUUGAUUUUUCGCGUUAUCAUUUUUCUAGUUUUGUGAACAAUUUGUGGAAAUAUUGAAUCAUGGAGAAGAAGGUUAUUUACCAAUUCUACCAUGAACAUCCUUUGAUUUUCAUAAAAAAUGUGAGUGAUGAGGUUAGUUCAAAUUGUUAUGGGUGUGGCAUUCCCGUAACUAAUUUAGAGUCGGCAUAUGUUUGUACGCAACAAAAAAAUUGUCGGAAUAGGAUUAUUCUCCACAAGAAAUGUGGAGAAUUGCCUAUUCAAAUUUUGCACCCUAAACACCCUCAACAUCCCCUUCACCUAGUUGAUUACCACGGGGAGAGUGACCUCGGGUGGUGCAAUGUAUGUUUGCAUGAUCUUAAACCCGUGCUUGGGUACCGAUGUUCUAGCUGUGAUUUUGAUGUUGAUAUAAAAUGUGGAAGGAUAAGCAUAGAUAUGAUACUAGAAGAGAACAGGCAAAUAGAACACCCAAGUCACCCUGAUCACCCUUUAACACUGAUGAGAAAGCAUUCAUUUCCCUUUUGUUGUGAUGGUUGUGGCGUUGAAGAUGUGGACAUGGCGUAUAUAUGUAGCACAUGUGAGGUGUGGAUUCACAAGAGUUGUGCAUCGUUGCCCCUCAUUCUCCCCUUAAAUCACCAAUACCACCACCAUCCUCUUUCUCUUGCCUUCAGUUUUCCAUCAAAGUAUCGCGAAUAUAUAUCCCAUUGUGAUGUCUGUCUCAAAAGAUUAGAUAAAACAAGUUGGAUGUAUUUUUGUGGUAUUUGCAGAUUCUUUGCCCAUAUCAGAUGUGUUGUUGCAUCCAACACAGGAGACUCAAAUUUACGACAUGAUGAGGAUGAUGAUGGUUCCAACAUAAUUGAAUUCCCGAUACAUGCACAUGACAUAUCGAAGGAGUUAAUCACACCUUUUGUGAUGAGAGAAAAAGGUCUUAACAACAUCCCGGAUGUAGCAGACAUGCCAGCAGAAGUGCAUAUGCCGCAAACCACCGCAAGUUUUUCAUUUUUAUUCAAUUAUCACAACCAUCCUUUGCGUUUGGUUACAGAAUUGUCCAAUAAAGAUGAUGAAGUUGAUCACAACAAUAUGAUGGAUGAGAGAGAGAUGAUGAAUAUGAUGAGUUGAAGAUUUGUGAUGUGUGUGUAACACCCAUA